AGCAAUCAUAACAAACUGAAAUAUCAUUAUUUUUUUUUUGCUUUUUAAUUAAAUUAAAGCUUAAAACAUGGAAGAAGAAGUAAAAGAUGUUGAGCAAGUUAAAACGGCAGAGGAAGAAGCACAGGAACUUGCAGAACUACAAAAAUAUAUUGAAGAAUUAAAGGAAAAACUAAAAUCCAAGAAUGAAUUGCGUGAAAAAAAUUUAAGUCGUGUACUUCCCCAAGAAGAUUACUUUACCAAGCUUGAUUCGAGUCUUAAAAAGAAUACAGCAUUCGUUAAGAAAUUAAAGCAAUUUACAGCGGCUCAAUUGGAUAGUUUAUUGAAAGAUAUGAGUGGAUUAAAUCUGACAAAAUAUAUUUCUGAAGUUUCAUCGGCAUUGAUGGAAGCAAAGCUGAAAAUGACUGAUAUUCCCCCUGUAAUAACGUUGUGCUCUCAACUGAAUCGUAUCUAUGCUGAUUUUGGGCAAACAUUCUUUGAAAAUUGGCAGAAGAAUUUAACGUUAAAGCCUGGCGAAAAAGUUCAGAACAUGAGUAAAUUAAGGGUUGAUUUGCGUUUCUAUUGCGAAUUAAUUAGUGUCGGAAUAUUUACUAACAAGAUGGGUUUGCCGCUUUUGGGAUCAAUUCUGAUGAAUCUUAUCAUGCAAGAUAAAGAGGAUCACACAAAUCUUUCAAUUAUUCUCUCCUUCUGUAAACAUUCAGGUGAAGAAUAUGCAGGAUUAACAUCUAGAAAGAUUCUCUUGCUAGCUAAAAAGUAUAACAUUGUAUUGCCAUCGUCGUCACUUUUACCGCCUGAUAAGCAACAAAAUUUAAAAAAUUUACUCCGUGAUUAUCAUCAAACUGUAUGUAAGCACUUGAAACAAGAGCAUAAAGAUCUCCAAUCAGCUGAACGUUCAAAACGUAAAGCAAUGGAAGCUCGUGGCGAGAUAUCUAAUGAAAAAAGAGAGCAAUUGGAAAUGCUGCAAUCAAAUUAUGAGAAACUUGUUCAAUCAACAAUAUCACUUAGUGAUUUAAUGAACGAAAACAUGCCGGAACUGCCUAAAGAGCCGGAUAAUCACAAUGAAGGCAAUAUCGUUGAAAUUCUAGAAGAUUUAAAUGAGAUUAUGUUUGAUAUGUGGGGUGAUGAAGAUACAAAGUCAUUCUAUGUCGAUCUCCCAGAUUUACGGCAAUUCUUACCAAAUUUUCAUGGACGUAAGGAGUCAUCAGAGCCAUUACCUGAAGUACAACAAGUUACAGAAGAGGCACUGGAUGAAGAAAAUCCAGUUGAACCUGAAUUAAAUGUCGAAGAAGAAGCAAUUAUGAAGGAAAUUGAGGAAGAAGCAGCAAAACCAGAAAUUGAAAAAUCAGCUAUUGAGAAGCCACAAGAAGAAAUCGAGGAACCAGAACCAGAACCAGUUCAAAACGAGACAGGAGAAAAACCAGCACAGCAAAAGACUCAAAUUCUAGGCAAACAUCAUCUUGAGAAUUUCUUAGCUAAUUUGCCAAAUUGUGUAAAUCGAGAAUUGAUUGAUUCUGCUGCUAUUGACUUCCUGCUCAAUUUUAAUAACAAACCAAACCGUAAGAAGUUGGUAAGGGCACUUUUCAAUGUCCAUCGUACUCGUUUAGAUCUUUUACCAUUACUAGCAAGGUUUUGUGCCAUUAUCAACUUGGUGACAUCAGAUGUCGCAAUGGAACUAAGUCAAAUGCUUAAAGUUGACUUUAAAUUUCAUAUAAAGAAGCGUGACCAGAUUAAUAUCGAGUCAAAAAUCAAGGUUGUACGAUAUAUUGGAGAAAUGACUAAAUUUGCACUUUAUCCACGAUUAGAAGCACUGAUGUGUUUGAAAUUAUUGCUAAGUAAUUUUCAGCAUCAUCAUAUUGAGAUGACUUGUGCAUUUUUGGAAGUAUGUGGAAUGUAUUUGUAUAAUUGCAAAGAUUCAAGACUUAGAACAAGCGCAUUAUUGGAACAGAUGAUGAGACUGAAGAAAGCAAUGACACUAGAUUCAAGGCAUGCUACACAAAUAGAGAAUUGUUAUUAUCUUGUUAAGCCACCCGAGGGAGGUGUUAAAGUAAGACAAAAAAUACGAACGCCAAUACAAAUGUAUGUUCGCUACUUGAUAUUUGAGGAACUUCAUAAAGGAAAUGUCGAGAAAAUUGUGAAAUAUCUACGACGACUUGAUUGGGAUGAUCCAAACAUUGCUGAUUAUGUCAUUAAAUGCUUGACGAAAGCUUACACUUUUCGAUGGCAUUUGAUUCGUUCCUUAGCUGAUGUUGUAAGUGCUCUCAGUUCCUAUCAAGAGAAGGCUGUGAUGCGAGUUAUUGAUGGAGUUUUUGAAGAUAUUCGAGCUGGUUUAGAAAUUCAUUCACCAAAAUUAGCACAAAGACGAAUUGCAAUGGCCAAAUAUCUUGGUGAACUGUACAUUUAUCGACUGGUCGAGUCACAGAAUGUGUUUAAUGCUUUAUAUAGCAUUAUUUCGUAUGGUGUGACUUGGAACAAUGAAAUUUUGUCACCUGUUGAUCCACCUGAAUCAUUAUUUCGAUUGAAAUUGGCAUGCACGCUGUUAGAUACUUGUGGAGCUUAUUUUCAAAGCUCAUCGAGCAAAAAAAAACUUGACUGCUUUCUCGUAUUCCUUCAAAAUUAUUAUUGGUUCAAGAAAAGUCAUCCAGUCUUCAAAUCGUCAACAGAAACUGGCGAUCUAUUUCCUUUCCUGAUUGAACAUAUGUAUAAAGAGUGUCUUCAUAAUUUACGUCCAAAAUUAAAGCCAUUCAAGUCAUACGAAAUAGCACAAGAAGGAAUUGAAAAGUUGCGGCAACAAAUGUAUCCAAAUCUCGGAAAUGAAAGCGAGAGUGACAACAAAAUGCUUAACACGAUAAUUGAAAAUGAAAGUGAUUAUACAUCAGAAGCAAUUGUAGAGUCUGAUGAUGAAAUUAAUAAGCCACGAUCGGAAAUUGAAAAUUUUGCAGAUGACGAUGAAAUGGAUAUUGAUGAAAAUUCUCAAAUGGACGAGGGAAAAUCAGAGGAAAAUAAGGAACCAGAAAAAACUGAAGAAGACAUGGAGUUUGAGGCAAUGUUUGAUAAGUUAGCUGCAGAUUCAUAUCAAGAGAGAAUAAAGGAACUGCCUAAAGUCACAACGCGAGAUAUUCCAGUUCCAAUUUCAACAAAAACUGUCAAAAAGACAUAUGAACAGCUACAGGAUGUUGACGAGACUAAAACUGACUCAGUUCCUUUUGUACUGAUGGUAAGGAACACAAAAAGUGGAAAACAGCAAUUUCGAAACUUUAUUGCACCAUCUGACAGUGAAUUAGCUAAAAACUUGAAGAUGCAGGAACAGAAAAUUAAAGAAGAGCAUGAACGUGUCAAGCGACUAACAUUGAAUAUCACAGAGAGGCUUGAGGAAGAAGAUUAUCAGGAAUCACUGCAGAAAUCGCCAGCAUUCAAUCGACGACCGAAAGUUCAAAAGUUUAAGCAUCAAAAAGGAGUUCCAGACAUUGACUUUUAACUUUUAAUUUUGCAAUUUUAAUGAAUUUUGUUUGGUUCUUAACUAUUUGAAAUGGAAAGAUUCUUUCGGAAAAUUAUUCCAUUCGACUUUUUAUUGAUUUAAUGAUUUUUCAAGUUAAAGCAUGUAAAUUUAGUCACUUAAAGACAUGCAAUUUAUUUUAAUUGAAGCUGAAUUUGUAUCACUUGUCAUGCAUUUGAUUCAGAACAAUACAUGAAGACUUUAGUUCAUUAAAACAUUAUGAAUGGC